CACGUCGCCUUCUAACCCUGGCACGACCAUCGUGCAUGCCUAAACAAAAUCGAGACUCGUCACUGAAGACAAUACUGUUCCAUUCCUGAUCCCAGAGUGACCGUUGUCUGCGCCACUCAAGGCGAUUACGUCGGUGUUCUCGAGUUAAAGGGAGGAUCCAGUGUGGCCGGUAUGAAAACAAGCCAAAACUUCUCAUUCGUCGGUAAACACUUCGCAUGCCAAUAGGUCUUCCGUGUUCUGCAAACCAUUCAUUUGCAAUGGACCUGGUAGUGGAGAAGCGGUCCCUUAAGGCCAAUAAUCUUAGGCGGCGUUCUUCACGGUCUGUUGUUCUACGGCGGCGUCCAGUGCCCCUUGCUCUUUACGUACGGCCUUCUCGAAGCCAUGCCUGACAACACCUAACCACAGUGUCUACACUUCUUUGCACUCUAACUGCAAUUGCUCGAAAAGAAAGUCCAGCUUCCCGAAGUCCCACUAUACGGCCCCUAUCAAACUCACUAAGUUGACGAAAUCGUACAGGUCUCCGUACUCUAGGCAUCGUAACCGAUCGUAAAGGAUGUCAAGAACCAAAAUCCGCCAACGUUGAUUCUUUACUGCGGCUGAAAUACUCAUUUUUAGAGCGUUAGUGAAUUAAAAAACAGCAGUAUAAAAACCGGAAUGUCCAACUGAUAAGGCUGAAAAUUUUUUCAUUUGUUAUUUACAGUAAGAUAAAUACAUUCACCAACUUUUAUUAAAAUAAAGCCAUUUAAACUGGGUGUUCGGAUUUAUAUGUCACUUAGUAUAUUUCUACUCAUAUGGUAUGGGUAUGAAAUAUUCUAUGAGGAAACAGGAACAGUGAGAUUUGUGGCUAUAUGACUCUGGAUUGUAUAAAUGAGACUUAAUCUAUCGAAUUCUUUCUAUGAUCUGUGUAAGAAAUUACCUUGGGCGAUAUUUCGUCAGGUGCGAAUCUCAUUUAUAUCUUUUCCUUUGUUUGUAAAGCUUUUACGUUUUGUUUAUGCUUGUUGUUUUUACUGAAUGAGUUAUUCAUACCCAGAUACUAUUUGUAAAGCAACGAAAUUACUUUAUUAAUGACAGUUCCGAUACCAUCAUUGUAUAGUCGUAUAAAUAAUAAAUUUAUUUAUUUAUGUAAAUCCAGCGAUGGUGAUCCCAAACCAGGGAUGCUUCUCAAUCUUAGAUCUAAAAUAAGCAUAGUACAGAAUCUUCAAUAUAACAGAGCUGUUAAGAUCCUCAGUAUUGCCGAGAAUAAAGCAAUAAAGAUUUGAUGCAGAAACAUGCAAAUUUGCAAUUUGAAAGGAACAAGAUUGCUCCCUCCCAGUUAUUAAUUGUAUUAGGUCUGUAGACGAAGGCAGUAUGAAAUAAUAUCAGGACGUGGAUAGAAAAUACUGGGAAAUCUGUAAAAAUUUGUUGUGUAGGAUCGGUUUCAGACCAGGGAUGCAGAGUCAACCUUAUGUCUUAAAUCAGUAUCUUCAAUGUUCGAUUUAAAAGCGUUGUUGAGCUCCCCAGUAUUUCUGUCAAUGAAGGCAUGAGCUUUUGUUCCAUAUCCAAUAGGAAAGAGAGUGCUUUCUGUCAGAAGUGACCCCAACCCCCAAGUCAUUAAUUGUAUGACAUCUGCAAAUAAAAGCAUGAAAUAAUAUUAGAACGUGAAUAGAAAAUACAGGAAAAUUAGUAAAAAUGAACGAGGAAUAUAUCAAUCGGCGAUCACAAAUUUAGACGGAAAUCCUGUUUCCACAGUAUCGGAGUCAAGUGACGUUAAUAAGCAGCGCUUGGGUAUUGAAAAGGUUUGAAAAUUUCCCUCAAAUUUAAUCGACUAUACGACUUUCUGACUUGGUGUGGUAAAAGUAAAAAAAAAUGUUGAAUACGCUCCGAAUUUGUACAGAUCAUAGGAUACCUAUCGGGCCCACACCAGAGGUACUGCAGUUAUUAUUUUAACAACACCCACUUUGAAACUUUAAAGAAAACAUUCCACGAUUCAUAAAUACUUAACUGUAUAAUGAACUUAUCCAGUUCCGACACAGCCAUAUAUUUGAUCUGAUGUAUAUAGUACUUUUACUUUGUUUAUUAUAUCAUUAUUAAUAUUACUGUAUAUCAAGAUUUGUGGGUUAUUGUAAAAAUGUAGAAUACACCAGUUUCCUCAGUAGCACUACCACUUCCUCAUAUGUAGUGAUCCCUUGUUUCUGUAGGAAUCCAAAAGGCAUAACCAAAAACAAUCAAUCAAUUUGAAACCUUUGUUCUACAUAGAUUAUGUUACAUAAUGAUGAAUUUGGCUUAUACAGGGUGAUUCACAAGUCGUGACCAAACAUUACUCAUAAACAAAUAAAUAUUGAGUAAAUCUGUUAUACAUGACAUUUGAGGGCACAUUUAUAAAAUAUUGGUCAUUAUACAGGGUGUCUCAAUUUCAACCUACAUAUCAAAGUUGUGAUUUUUCAAAUAGAAAAACCGUCCACUUCGGCAUCCCCUCAAUCCACCAUUGUGAAAUUUGGAGAGCUGAGUUUUGUAUCAAAAAAAACUUACACACCUCAGCUUUUGUCUUAUUUGUUACUUUUUCGAAUUUUCAUGUUUGCUCGUACAGGGUGGUCAAAAAUGCGAAUUGUCCUUUUUUCAAAAAUUUCAAAUGCAUCACCCUGUAUAUUUGUACAAGUUUGUAUUCAACUUUUUAUCAGCUUUUUUUGGUAUUAGGUUUAAUUCAGAUAAAAUGACUAGAUUUUGAGUUAUUAAGCUUUUAAUAGAACAACACACCAAAAUUAAGGAAAAAAUCACAUCAUCUAUUGAAACAAAAGACAAACAGUGGGUUAGUUCCAUAUUGCCACUAAGAGUACAGAUUUGACAGAAGUUCUGCAUAUAUAAGUUUCUGCUCCAAUUUGGCGUGCACUUAAAUGGGGAUUUUCCUGCAACUUUAAUAGAACCUCAAACUGAUUCGCCUCAUUGGUCUAUACAUUUCUUAGUAUAUUCCACUGCUCGACUUGAUUCAAAACGUUCUCGUAGUGUGGAAAAUGUUUCCGGUCUUGGAGGUCGCAUAUUAGGGUAUACUUUAUCUGAAGUCACUUGAAAUAGCAUAAAAACCAUUGGUCGGCGCGUCCUUUGUAAUUUCAUGACGUAUCAUAGGCGUGCGGUCAUUUAUUUAGAACGAUAAUAAUAAUGUUUUUAUAUCACAAUAAAUGGAUUUUACUAUCUUCUUAUUUUUUUGAUUUGGGAUAAAAAAUACUUAUAUGGGAAGUUUAAUUUAUGUUGACUGAAAGUUAAGAAAUGGAAAAAUUACAGAAUUCCAACGUUUGACAUAGGCAAAUAUUUACAUAGCAGGUAGGUAUAUAAAAAGGUAUAUAAAGACUUACAUUAUAGGUAUUUAUAUAUCAUCCUCGCCUUCGGAGCUGUCGCUAGAGUCAUCUUGUAGAGGAAUUACAACGGGAUUUACAGGAGGCAAAACACAAUAUUCAUUUUCUUUUUCAAUAAUAUGCCUAGAACACUGCUUCCAUAGGUCUGUGGCAGCAAUAUGAGAUACUACAUCUCUUAUUGUGGCCAAUAGCGAUUCACUUAAUUGAGGGGGUCUGAUUAUGUUUUCUUACUUUUUUUUAAAGCAGCCCAGACCAACUCAAUCGGGUUAAAAAUGCAGUAAUAGGGAGGUAGACGUAAUACUUCAUGGCCAUUUUGCUGAAGCAGAUUGUCAACAACAUACUCUUUUUCAAAUUUUUGUCUUUUAAUAAGAUCCAAUAAGAUGGCUUUGGUUGAUUUUUGUGGUAUUUCCAUUCCCUUAUCCUUCAUAAAAUCAAUAAUGUCUUGUUUUUUUGUGCCUGUAUUCGGAAUUUUGUUUUUCUGUCGGGAAUGGUAUGGCGCAUUGUCCAUAAUAAUCACUGAAUUUCACUUUUCAAAUAAGUCGGAGGUCAUGUCCUCAUGAUAGUCGGCACAUGAUUCUUUGAUAUUUAUGGCAGAUAACAGCAAGGCAUUAGGUAUAAAUCCAUUUUCACUGCCAGCAUGGAGAAUAAUGAUUCGUUUUCCACGGUUACAUGGUGCAUUUAAAAUGCACUUGUUGCUGUCGUCAACCCAGCCGUACUGCACAACAUCAUGGGUAUCAUACCACGUUUCAUCCAGGUAAAUUAGAUUUCUUUUCUGCUCUCUAUAGAUUUUAACUUUAUGCAAAAAUUCUUGGCGCAAUUCAACGAUUCGAGACGACUCCAUAAUCACCAUUCUUUUAUCUAAUUUUUUGUAUUGAAAACCACACAGUUUUACAAUACAGUGCAGCGAGUCUAAGCAUUUGCAAUUAUAAAAAUCUUCAGGAUAAUCUUUUAAUUUAUCCCGUAUCAUUUCCAUCGUGGGCACCAAAAUUUCCUUUAUAAAAUCCGUAUAUUAUACGACGAAUAUCUUCCUGAAAACCCACAUCUAUUCUUUUUAAUUUUUGCCCUAUGCGCUUUCUGUGGAAGGAAUGGUUGACUACAUCUCCCCUUUUUAUAUCCCGAUAAAUGGUAGACCGACUGAUUUUUGUCAGGAUACAAAUUCUGUUUAAAAUUUGAUUUUGCGAGGAAUCUGGAUUUUCGUUUUUCAGACAAUCAUACAUAUUUAGGAUUACUCUUUGGGUCUGUUCCUCUAAAUCUUUAUGAAAGAAUUCUGCCUGCACAGGUUCAUCAACCAUCUCCUCGUGGCUUGGAGCAAGAGCCAGAUUUAGGACACACAAGAACAAUCAACACAACAAUUAAAUCAACAAGUAAACUGAGUAUUCAAAAGUCAAAAACACACAAACUAAUAAAAUCUAUGAAAAAACACGGACAGACUAAAGAAAACACGUUUAUUCACCGCUACACGGCACUGGCUAAACUGUUUCAAUUUUCAGUAGCCACCUGCACUUGUUCGGAGCUCUGAAAUACACGCUUUCUCAUUGGCUAUGUCCACGCAUAGGCGUGCUUUACUCCACGUGGACCGGUGAAACUGCCUUUGAUCUUAUACGGGGGAUAUUUGCUGCGAAAUCUGGCGAUUUUUGCAGCAACAGAGCGUGUUAAAUAUAGAUAUAUAAAACGCACCCGGUAUUUCACAGUGUUUCAAGUGACUUCAGAUAAAGUAUACCGCUGCAUAUAAAUGCGAGAUGCUGGGAAACUAUUUCUUUGGGCUUCGCCUACCAUUUUUUCUUUCGAAAAAUUCAUUUUCAAACACGUUUUUGUUAUAAUGUUCACAAAGCUAAUUUUGACAGUUCGUAACUAAUCAAGAAUUUAUUUGUUUCCAAGGAUAUUUUCCAUAACAGACGUGCUAAUAACUGAAAAAAUAGCCGUAAAAGCUCUUAUGUAUCCAGUAUCAAAAAAAAGAUUAUAAAAAAGUGAAUCCAAACUUGCACAAAUAUAUAGGGUGAUCAAUUUGAAAUUUUUGAGAAAAACUACAAUUUGCGGUUUUGACCACCCUGUAUGAGCAAAAAUUAAAAUGCGAAAAAGUAACAAAUAAGAUAAAAUCUGAGCUGUGUAGGUUUUCUUAGAUACAAGAUUCACCACUCCAGUUUGAAAAAUGGCGGACUGAGGGGCUGCCGAACUGGGCGGUUUUUCUAGACAAAACACCUUAUACCUCAGUAGCUAAUUACCAAAAUCCCAUAGUAUGUUAUAUCACUUUUCAUCGUUUGAAUCCGUUUAUCUAAAUAUGCAACAAAAUUUGAGGCAUCCUAUUUGAAAAAUCACAACUUUGAUAUGUAGGUCGAAAUUGGGACACCCUGUAUAAUGGUCAAUAUUUUAGAAAUGUUAUGUAUAACAUCCCAUAAAUAGAUUUUCCCAAAAUGCAUUUGUUUAUGAGUAAUAUUCCGUCCACACAUCGAUGGGCCACCCUGUAUAUUAAACAUGCUUUAUAGCAUUUAAUUAAAUACCAUCUGAUUCAAGUGCUUUUGAAAAUUUUAAUAUAUUUAUUACAUCAUUCAAUUCUCGAAAUGUUGACCCAAGAAAAUAUGAGAAUGAAGUAUGGAUUUUUGAUCCCUUGGGACCAUCUUGAAUAUCUUUUUCUUGAACCAAAGCGGCAUUAACAAGUUUGUCCAGUAUUUCGACCUGGUUGCCACUUCCAGAGAUCUUUAUCGGCAAGCUUUCUUUCCUUAAAUAACCAAACACAAAAACAUAAUUUGCAAAAAAGAGCGCAAAAUGCCUUUUGGAUUUCCCAUUCCCUAACCCCAACCCUAGACUGCCUCCUAUACAACACUAAGCCAUCGAAUUCCUCGACGUUCGACAAAACCCAUUUUACACGUCCUCUGACCCAUGUAUAGGCCCAGGAGGUCAAGCAGUACCCACACAAGUCCAACCAGUUGCCGAUGGGCAAUUUAGAGCUGAAUUUAUACCGCGAGUCGUCGGGGAACAUCGCGUCGCUGUAUCUGUCAAAUCACAGCCUGUGGCCGGAAGCCCGUUCGCGGCGAAGGCUUACGACGUGAACGCCAUCAGAGUGAAGGAGCCUGCGAGGGGAGUGGUCGGGAAACCUGUCACCUUCUUGGUGGAAACAAGCCAAGCUGGUCCGGGGAACCUGGAAGUAACCGUGAACGGCGGCCUGGUACCAACUUCUGCCCAAGCCCAAGGGCCACACACGUACGCGAUCUCAUUCACGCCAAGAGAGCCCACAGUCCACUCCGUGGAGCUUCGAUUUAACGGUCAAGAUGUGCCGGGAAGUCCCUUCAGAUGCAACGUCUCUCCAGCGGCUAGAAUUGUCGCACCUGAAGCCUUGGACAAGGUGUCCGUUGGAAGACCUUGCACGUUCGUCGUGGAAAGUCCGAGUCCGCCUACUGUGGAAGUUUUGGGACCUGCGAGAAGAGCGUUGGUCACGAAGGUGACGCCUCAAGAGAACACCGUGGGCAAAUUCGAGGUGACCUUCACUCCGCUGGACGUUGGAGACCACAGCGUGGAGGUGCGGUUGCCUUCAGGUCACGUGGAGGGCAGCCCGUUCCUGAUCAAGGCGUACGACGCGAACAGAGUCACUGUGACUGACAUCACGGAUGGCGUCGUCGGCAAACCGGUGUCCUUCAGCAUCAACGCCUCCCAAGCUGGCGCGGGGAACCUGGAGAUUAUCGUCGCGGUGGGAGGCAGGAACGUGCCCAACUUCGUGCAGAGCGAGGGGAACGCUAGGUUCAAGGUCAACUUCAAGCCUACUGAGGCUGCUACUCAUACGUUGAGCGUUAGGUUCAAUGGACAGCCAGUACCUGGCUCACCUUUCAGUUGCAAAGUAAGUCCGGGCAACACGCAACCUAGGGUACCAGUUUCAGGAAACGGAAUCGAACUAGUUGCUGUGGGACAGAAUGCUGAAAUUAAGAUCGAGGGAGUCACAGCCGGUGAACCUCAAGUGAUAGCCACAGCGCCGACCGGCAAAAUCCUGCCGACGAAGCUGAUAGUAAACGACGACACGUACAUCGCAAGAUUCGUCCCGGAGACAGUAGGCCGUCACUCAGUCGCCAUUUUGAUCAACGAUCAACACGUGAUCGGUUCCCCUUUCAGCUGCAACGUAUACGACGUCAACAAAGUCAUCGUGACCGGAUUGCCCGGAAGGAAAGGAGACAUCACCAGAGCGCUCAACGAGAUCAGUUUGAGGGAAUUGGGACCCGCAGAGGUUGGAAAACCUGUUACGUUCAGCGUGGAUGCCGCUCAAGCUGGGGAAGGCACCUUGGAACUCGUCGUCUCUACUCAGCACACCACCAUCAAAGCGGAAGUGGUAGCAUGCGCCCGAGGUCUGUACGACGUCACGUUCGUACCCCUGACGGCAGAAGACCACUUCGUCAACAUCACCUUCAACGAGAUGACAGUCACCGGAAGUCCAUUCCAUUGCACCGUCAUCGAGUCCACGCAAUACUUUCAAGUUGGAUCCACGGCCUACAUUGACCUGCCAAGUGACAGUCACAGGAUUGAGAUCAGCGACCCGAACAAUCACCAUGUGAAAUACGUGGUCAACAACUACAAGGGGGAGUUUAGCUUGACUCAGACUGGAACAUACAGGGUUCACAUAAUCAAGGACAACGAAGUGAUAGCGACAAGGACACUCCAUGUGUUCGACACAACGAAAAUAGACAUAAUUAAUGCUCCAGAAGCAGUGUGCCAUAGACCAGCCGUUAUCGGUAUCAAUAUGACCAAGGUUGGACCCGGAAAAUUGACUGCUGCCAUAAAGGUUGGAAACAGGGAAGUAGCGCAUAGCGUGAGACAAAGUCCUUCUAAUGCGAAUAUGUGGGAAAUCGUUUUCCACCCCACACAAGCCGCUCCACAUCGUGUCACUCUAUUCUACAAUGGAGUUCCGAAGUUUGGAGUAUUGGAAGUCCCCGUGAAAGGACCGGGGAACGAACCAUGGGCUGGAGGCCUCGGUUUAUACCAGGCAAGAAUAGGAAAAGUGACCUCCUUCCACAUCGAGACGCUAGGUCGGCCAGGUCGGGAAUUCGACGUGGUCAUCAGCAGUCCGACAGGAUCUGCAGUCCCGGUGCGUUGCUACCAGACGAAGACAGGGAAACUCCAGGCGGAGUUCACGACCAGAGAAGUUGGGGCGCACAAGGUGGAAGUUUUGCACCAAGGGAAGCAUCUGUCUGGGAGUCCGUUUACUUGCCAAGCGUUCGAUCCGGAUAACGUCAGGAUCGUGGAUAUACCGACGAGCCAGGGAAAUGUUGGAGAAAAGGUGUACUUCAAUGUGUCUACGAAAAACUGUGGCUUCACAGAAUUAGAAAUCCAAGUAACGAAUCCCAUCCACCAGUCUCUGGCAGUACAUCAAACUCCCAUCGACGACAAGUUGACGCAGGUGAUGUUCCAGCCGGGCAUGGCUGGCCUAUACCAGGUUGCUGUUACUUACGGCGGGGUCCCUGUUAAGGGUUCCCCACUAGCGCUGGGCGUGGGUCCAGUAGGUCCAACACCACCACCCCGAGCCGUAGGUCGCGGCCUCGAAGCAGGAAGAGUCGGAGAAAGGUGCUCCUUCGCAGUAAGCAGCGUUGUGCAACCGAGAGUCACCGUGGAAGCAGUCGAAGGUUCAGUUGAGCCUCACGUGCUGAGCCCUAAGCCCGGAGAGUACGUGGUGACGUAUACGCCCAAAUGGGUGGGCGUGUACGACGUGGUGGUCAUGAUCGGGCCCAAUGAGCUUCCUGGUUCUCCGUUCCAUCCGACGAUCGUCGACCCUUCAGCGGUACGAGUCAUAGGCGGUUGGUCCCAGCAUCUGGACGACUCAGGUCGAAUCCGGUUGCCCGCCAAACUGGCGUUCGAUACCGGAAACGCGGGUCCGGGUCCGUUGGAAUGCACUGUGGCGGGAAGAAAAGUAACCGGAGAGAAAAACGGGGAUAGAGUCAGGUUCGAGAUGAGUGGCGAAGGGAUGUCGCCCGGGGAACACGAGUUCGAAAUGAAGAUUGCUGGCUUCUCGCUUCCCGAAGCUCCAAGCAGCGUGGUUUGUGUUGGCGACCAAGUGGUACUUACAGGGAAAGGACUAGCUCAAGCUCAAUGUGGAGAGCCUGCCGUAUUUACUAUUGAUGGGUCCAAAGCUAGUUCAGGUAACCCUGAGGUGACCUUGCAAGCUGCAGACACAAACAUCCCUGUACCGGUAAUGAUCAGUUUGGCAGGAGAUAAAAUUUGGAGAGCUACGUACACCACUACCACGCCUGGAAACUAUUUGCUAUCUGUCCUCUGGGCUGGAAGACCUGUUAAAGGAUGUCCACUGAUCGUGGAAGCUAAAGGAGGCGCAGACGCUUCAAAGGUUCUAUGUUCAGGUGAAGGACUCCGCCAAGGUGUGGUCGGCCGUGAAAUCCGUUCCUGGAUCGACACCCGUCGAGCCGGCCCUGGAGAACUGACAGCCCACUGUGCCGGGCCCAGAAAAGUGGCCUACUGCGAACUAUAUGACCACGGUGAUGCCACCUUUACGCUGAACGUCAAACCUCAGGAAGCUGGACGCCAUGCGUUGACGGUAAAAUACGCAGGACAACACGUUCCCGGAUCGCCGUUCGUUUUGAAGGUCAGGGUAUAUGGGCCAGGGAUUGAACAUGGUGUACUGGCCACGUUCCAGUCGAGAUUCAUCUGUGACACCCGAGGUGCAGGUGCAGGACAACUUACCGUCAGAGUUAGGGGUCCUAAAGGAGCGUUCAGGGUGGAAAUGCAAAGAGAAAGUCAGAAGGACAGAACAAUACUUUGCAAGUAUGACCCAACAGAACCUGGCGACUAUAGAGUGGAAGUAAAAUGGGCUGGUGAAUUGGUUCCUGGCUCGCCGUUCCACGUCAUGAUUUUUGACACCCAAGAAGAACUGAGAAGAUACAUUAGUUCAUUGUAAUUUAUCAAACAAAUAGUAUUAUCUUUUUUGUACCUUGAUCUUCGACUUAUUAGACGUCCGAAAUAUUUUUUUAUUUUGUACAUACACGAACGACAUCUAUUCCCCGUUAAAAAUGAAAAGACUAACGGGACUCGAUAGAGAUGUAUUAGUAUAAUUAGUAUUAAUAACUCUGAUUGUAUUUAAUUUUAAUAAACUGUUACGAAUAACUAAA